AACGUCCCCUUGACGUGGAACGAAGCGCUCAGUGGCAUUUUCGGAAGCAUCUCCCUCGCAUCCUGGAUCUUCCUUCUAAUUCCACAGCUGAUCGAGAACUACCGUCUGGGCAGUGCAGAUGGCAUCAGUCUCACCUUCCUGCUCAUCUGGUUCCUCGGUGACAUUGCGAACUUGCUAGGGGCACUCUGGGCCGGUCUAGUCCCUACCGUCAUCGCCUUGGCCAUUUACUUUUGCUUCGCGGACGUCACACUCAUCGCACAAUGCUUGUACUACGGGCGGGUCAAGAAGAGGCGGCUCGCGGCAGCGAGACAGGACGUCUCCAGUUCAGAACACACGCCCUUGUUGAAUGGUCAUGCACGGCCAAAAACUUCCGACAGCACAUCCGGGCGUCUGACGGACGUCACUGAUGCCAACCUGGGUCUACCUGGCAGUCGCCGACGCAGCAGCGCCGCUUCACGACGAAUGACCCUCGAGAGUGCUAUUGCAGGCUCACGCGAGAGCCUGGCUGACAUUGAAGAAGGCCGCGAUGACCUAGAGACGCCGAUCGUGCCCCAGCGCGAGUGGCUCAAGAACACCUUCGCCAUCUUGGCCAUUUUGCUCGUCGGAGCAGCAGGCUGGGCCAUUGCGUGGAGGCUAGGUGUAUGGAAACCCACGCCCGCGCCUUCCUCAGGCCAUCACAAAGACCACACGAAGCAGGGCACCCCGAUCGGAGCAUCGCUGCUAGGAUACGCGUCGGCUGUGCUCUAUCUCGGAGCUCGCAUUCCGCAGAUCGUGAAAAAUCAGCGGGAGCGCAGCUGUGAAGGUCUGAGCUUGCUCUUCUUUCUGCUGAGCUUGGUUGGAAACGCGACGUAUGGCGCCGGCAUCCUGUUCCACUCGGUCGAGAGGGAAUACUUCCUGACCAACCUUCCCUGGCUGAUUGGUAGCCUGGGCACCAUGGGCGAGGAUGCAGUCAUCUUUGUGCAAUUCAGUAUUUUC